AUGUUGUCCACACACCCCAUUCUUCUAUCGCUUUUCGGCAGCGUCGCCAGUGCAGCGGAUCUAUGGGCGACUCACUAUUCAGGCACCGUCAACCAUCUGACCUUCAGCGAAGGCACCCUGAAGCUCGGUAGCUCAACGCCAACAGGCAACAGAUUGCCGAGCUGGAUAACAUACGAUGGUCCAGGGAAGGCGUUGUACAUACCCGAUGAGGUCUUCUACGGCGCACCAGGGGGAAACUUGGUUUCGUUCUCGAUCGGCAAUAAUGGCACUCUGACCGCAGCCGGCAAGGCGCCAACUCCUCUUGGUGCAGUUGCAACAACUCUGUAUGGCGGAGCGGAUGGUAGAGGGUUCAUUGCAAAUGCUCACUACCAGUCUUCGCAACUGACAACCUUCAAGUUGCCUCUCAAUGGUGGACAACCACUACAGACGCUGAAGUAUACGAUGAGCGGCAAAGGCGUGGACCCGAACCGCCAGGAUGUGCCACAUCCGCACCAUGCAUUCGUGGAUCCUACAGGAAACUUCUUGCUGGUGCCUGACCUGGGUGCUGACUUGAUCCGUAUCAACAAGAUUGACAAGACUUCUGGCCAGCUCACUGAAUGUCCUUCCGCUAAGCCUGUUCCAGGGAGUGGUCCAAGGCACGGUGUUUUCUGGAACCCAGCAGGGACUAAUUCGCGAGUGCGACGAGGAGCAGAGGGUACCAUACUCUUCGUUGCCAACGAGCUCACCAACUCGGUGCACGGGUGGAGCGUGUCAUACCCAUCAGGGGGCUGCUUGGCCUUGACAUUGAAGCAAAACGUGACUCCGUACCAAGGCAAUAGCUCUGCUGCGGCUAGUGCCAAAGUAGGCGAGAUCAAGGUCAAGGGCAACUUCCUGUACAUCACAAACCGAAACGACAAGAAAUUUGCGCCCAACGAUUCUCUUACGCAAUACACGAUCUCUUCAGACGGAACACUUGCGUGGACAGAUAAUACGUCCUCGUAUGGUACUUAUCCUCGCACCUUUGAUAUCAACAAGGCCGGCGAUUUUGUCGCUAUUGGUGAUCAGACAACCGCGAACGUUGCCAUUGUAUCACGGGAUCCGGUAACUGGUAAACUGGGCGAACGUGUGGCUGAUGUGAGGGUUGGCGCCGUUGGUACUCCAGGGAAUGAAGAUGGCAUCAGUGCGGUCCCACUCUCUAAAGUCCUAAACCCCAUUUUCUUAAAUCUUCAUCACACUAAGAUCAAUAAAAUGAAGAGUGACAACUAUCUGAAUCUUUGCCUCGAGCAGGCUGCCAAGUCCCCCCUUCGAUAUCGCCAUGGGGCCAUCAUAGUGCGCGGCGGAAAAGUCAUCGGACAGGGCUUCAAUGACCAUCGCUCUGGCUUCGACGGUGGUGCCCUGAAGACGGGUCGUCUCCCACUGCGCUCUAUGAACGGUCCUGCUAUCGUUGCAUUGAAGGGUAAGCAGAAGCUCAAGCGAGAGUUAGGGGUUCUGGGGGAGGAGACUGCUAAGACGUUUACGCCAUUCGAGACAAUGAACAGCGGAGGAAAGCUCGCUAAUACGCCCCUCUCCAUGCACUCUGAGAUGAUGGCUAUCCACUCCGCCCUCUCUGCUUCUAGCACGAUGACAUCCAGUAUUCUGUCCUCUCAAAAACCGUGCUUCAAACUAUCAGGUGAUUCUAAACGAAAAGCUCGACUACGAAGGGACGCCGUCAAAUCGUACGUUGAGGCAGUCUGCAAAGCUGCCCUUGCCCAUGGCGCUUUGAAGGCUCUGCACCUCGAUCGAACGACACUGAACCUCGCGCAUCAAACCAAGGACGUGGCGUUGUCGACAAAGAACAGUGCGGUGAAACACCGGCCGAAGAACGAGAAGAAGAAUCAACACAGGGUUGGCAACAAGUCCAACAGCGGACAACAAAAACACAAGCACCGACAGUGUGCUCAUAAAACCAUGGCGUCUACAUACAAACUACGUCCCUCUUAUGAGACUAAGAAUCAGUCGGCCAAAUCAUCGAAAGCCCAGCCGAUGCUGAUUCCAAAAGGACAAACAGGCGAAGGCUCUCGUAAAACCAAAGAGAGAACGAAACAUCCACGACUGAAUGGAGCAGAUCUGUACGUGGUCAGGCAAGGUUGGAAAGCUAGCUCUUCUGUUAGCAACUUAGUUGACUGCUGUGCGGAGCCCAACCCGAAAGUAGAGACUAGCAUUACGAAACUUCCCUCGACUGGCUCGCUGUACGAUGAGCUUAUCAGUUCUCAAGUGGAGACGAAUCUUGUAGUUGCUCCCUCCGUUCCUCCUGAAAGGCACCCUUCUGUUCUUGCAUCACGACCCUGCUACAGAUGUAUAUCGUACAUGGCAUCUGUUGGUAUCAAGCGAGCUUUUUGGACUACGGAGUCCGGCGAUUGGGAGGGCGCCAAGGUUCGCGACCUAGUCGACGCACUCGAUAAUCUAGGGUUGGAGCAGCCUUCCGGUGCCACUACAGCUCUCAACAGCGUCUUCGUCACUAAGCAUGAGGUCUUGAUGCUGCGACGUAUAAUGGGAGAUACAUAA